UCUGGUUUCCAUGGUACUUCAAGUCAACGAACAUACCACAGAUGCACACCGUCAAAGUUCAACUUGCCGAUCUCCUCGCUUACCAUGCUUCUUCGCUGUCGCCACCAAGUCCUCUCUGUCCGCGGGUUCGCCUCUGCCGCGAAAACGACGCCGCCCUCGCACCAGCAGCGCAUCUACAAGUCUGCGUACCCUCCCAUUCCAGCAACCCCCGUCACAACGUGGCAACUCGUCCAGCAAGCGGCCAAGAUCUUUGCGGACGCCCCCGCACUCAUCUGUGGCAUCUCGCACAAGCACGUGACGUAUCGCGAGUUUGAGGACACCGUGCUCCAAGUCGCAUCGUCCUUGUCAGAGCGCGGCGUGGCCAAAGGCGAUGUCGUGCUCACAAACAUGAUCAACUGCAUUGAGUACCCAGUGCUCUACCACGCGUUAACGUCCCUGGGCGCGAUCCUCUCGCCUGCGCCUCCAUCGUUUUCCGGCGCAGAACUUGCACAACAACUCAAAGCGUCCAAUGCAAAGUUUGUGGUCACGCACGACUCGGUGGAAAAUGCGGCGACCGAUGCCGCCAAGUCGGAGUCCAUUCCAACAGACCACAUCUUUUCUGUCGGUAGCUCCCCGUCUGGCCUUCAAUCGUUCAGCGAGUUGCAACAGCCGACGACAUCGUCGUCGACAUUGCGACCUGAAGUGAUCAUUCACGCCCACAAAGACGUGAAUUAUUUGCCGUUUUCCAGCGGUACCACAGGUCCCCCCAAGGGCGUCCGCUUAUCGUUUUGGAACUUGGCCGUGAACGCUUUGCAAUGGCAAACCAUCGACAAGUUCACGUCGCCAGCACUGGCGAUGCUGCCUUAUAAUCACAUUUACGGCACGACACUCAUGAAUGGCGUGCUUUUAAGUGGCCAGCCGCAAGUGAUUCUGCCCAAGUUUGACCCUGUCACAUUUUUGCAGGCGCUGCAGCAGUACAAGAUCCAAAAAGCUCAUAUCGUACCGCCGCUCGCUGCUUUCCUCGCCAAGCAUCCCCUUGUGGACGAGUACGAUCUGUCAGCCACAACGACAUUGGUGUCGGGCGCCGCGCCCAUGGGUCAUGCGCUGGAACAAGCGGUGAAAGAUCGCCUGGGCAUUUCCAUCAAGCAAGCGUAUGGGAUGACUGAGUUGUCUCCCGUGGCCACGUACUCACACGACUCAAGCAUCAAAUCUUCGUCAUCAGGAAAUCUCGUGCCAAACACAGAGCUGCGCGUCGUGUGUCCGUCCUCAGGGGCCGACUUGCCGCCGCAUGCGCUGGGUGAACUGUGGUACCGCGGCCCCCAAGUCAUGCUUGGGUACCUCAACAACCACUCGGCGACCGAGGCGACGAUGACAUCGUGUGGGUUUAUGAAGACGGGGGAUUUGGGGUAUAUCGACGACGACGGGCACGUUUACGUUGUGGACCGUCUCAAGGAGUUGAUCAAGUACAAAGGUCACCAGGUGGCGCCAGCAGAAUUGGAAGAUGUGAUCCUCAAACAUCCCAGUGUACUGGACGUAGCUUGUAUUCGAGGGUACGACGACAACAACGACGAAGUACCGAAAGCGUGUGUGGUGUUGAAGCCCCAUGCGACACUGUCUGCCAAAGACUUGAUGGCGUACGUGGCGGCGAGCGUGGCGCCGUAUAAAAAGGUGCGCCAGGUUGAGUUUGUCGACGCCAUCCCCAAAAGCCCGUCGGGGAAGAUCCUUCGCCGCGAACUGCAAGCUGCGCAUGAGUAGACCUUAAAGAAAGAGUUGAAUGGGGUGUUUACUUGCAGUUAUUAUAGUUCACUUCACAACAACAGCAGUAUAGUUGUAGAUAUAGUUUAGUGGUGGGCUUUGCCAAGUUUGCAAACAUGCUCGUUACAGCCCCC